AUUUAAUCUUGCCUAUCCUUUACAUUCUCUUAGCAGAUGCAGUCCCCUUGAUUUUCUCUGCAUCUGUACUUUUCAAUCUCUCACAAAACACCCAUCUUUUCUUUUCAUCUUUUUCCUUCUCUUGUAAAUUCACCCCAAAACGGAAAAGACUCGUUAAAUUUUGAUUAGAAUGCCGUCGUUAGAGGAGGAGUUGUUCCCGUCGACGCCUGGGAAAUUUAAGAUCGACAGGAGUCACACGAUGAACCGGCAGUUUCACCGGUGUUUCGCUUCGACGAGUACUAUGUUCUUGUGGGCGUUGUUUUUGGUUGCUUUAACGGCGUCGUAUUUGAGUUUUCAGAGUUUUGUGGAUUCAGGUAGUCGGUAUUUCUCGGCUUCGUGGGGAGGAAUCCAGUGGGAGAAACAAGUGAGGAACUCUGCUCAGAUCCAUCGGUCCGGUGGGAUGUUGGUGCUGGUUACCGGUUCAGCGGGUUUCGUUGGUACACACGUGGCGUUGGCUUUAAAGAAACGCGGAGACGGUGUCGUUGGACUUGACAAUUUCAACAACUACUACGACCCUUCGUUAAAGAUGGCGCGUAAAGCUCUGUUGAAUAGCCAUGGCAUUUUCGUAGUUGAAGGCGAUAUCAAUGACGCAAAACUCUUGGCUAAGCUCUUUGACACCGUGGCUUUCACGCACGUGAUGCAUUUAGCGGCUCAAGCCGGCGUCAGAUACGCCAUGGAGAAUCCCCACUCGUACGUUCAUAGCAACAUCGCGGGUCUCGUCACGCUUCUCGAGGCUUGUAAAUCAGCCAAUCCUCAGCCGUCCAUUGUGUGGGCCUCAUCCAGCUCAGUCUACGGCUUAAACGAGAAAGUCCCCUUCUCCGAAUCUGAUCGGACGGACCAGCCCGCGAGUCUGUACGCGGCUACGAAAAAAGCGGGUGAAGAAAUAACCCACACUUAUAACCACAUUUACGGACUUUCAAUUACCGGGUUAAGAUUUUUCACCGUCUAUGGUCCCUGGGGCCGACCCGAUAUGGCUUAUUUCUCGUUCACGAGAAACAUCCUUCAAGGCAAACCUAUCACGGUAUAUCGCGGGAAAAACCACGUUGAUUUGGCACGAGAUUUUACUUACAUUGACGACGUAGUGAAAGGUUGUUUGGGGUCAUUGGAUACUUCGGGUAAGAGCACCGGGUCGGGCGGAAAGAAACGGGGGCCUGCACCGUACCGGGUAUUUAAUUUGGGUAAUACUUCACCGGUAACGGUACCUAAGCUUGUGAACAUACUGGAGAGGCAUUUGAAGAUGAAAGCGAAGAAGAAAAUAAUCGAGAUGCCCGGAAACGGCGACGUUCCGUUCACUCAUGCGAAUAUAAGUGCAGCCCAGAAAGCUUUCGGGUAUAGACCGACAACGGAUUUACAAACCGGGUUGAAAAAAUUUGUUAGAUGGUAUCUUCAAUAUUACGGCUACCAUCACGGCAAACGUGUAAAUUAAAUUUUUAUUUUUGGAAAUUUUUAGAAGGUUUGGUUUUA